GCACCGGCACCCAAUUGACAAUGCUGGUUUGUUUUCCUACAUGACGUUUUCUUGGCUUUCUCCUUUGGCAAGAUUAGCCUACAAAAAAGGAGAACUGCUGAUUCAAGAUGUGUGGCCUUUGUCAACUCAAGAUUCUUCCGAGGUUAACUGCAGAAGGUAUGGAAUGCUUGCAAUGCUACCAAUUAACCUCUGCAAGCCCCCCGCCCCCAAGGCUAUUGAUGCCUUUAAAAAAUACGGCCCCAUUUUCGUGAANACUAGUGCAGUGUUUAACUCUGUACUUUCUCUCAAGCAGGUGGAUUGCCAAGAUGCCUUGGAAACCGCCGCCCGGGCAGAAGGUCUUCCUUUGGAGAGCUCCGCAGAUUCUCACCUACGAGUGCUGGACGAAGAGCACCCCAAAGGGAAAUAUCACUAUGGCUUCAGUCUGAUGAAACCCAUCCGGACUACUUCCAAGCGUUUAUGGUGAAACAUCUUCUCGAAUACACUCAGAAAAUGGAACCCAGCCUACAAUACAGCCUGUUGUUAGUUUUGGGCCUCUUAAUAACCGAAGUAGUGCGUUCCUGGUCUUUGGCAUUAACGUGGGCUUUAAACUAUCGCACUGGGGUCAGACUGCGUGGAGCUAUCCUUACAAUGGUUUUCAAGAAAAUACUCAGACUGAAAAAUAUCAAGGAGAAAUCUUUGGGUGAGCUCAUAAAUAUGUGCUCCAAUGACGGCCAGAGAAUGUUCGAAGCUGCAGCUGUGGGUAGCUUGUUGGCUGGAGGUCCUAUCAUUGCCAUUCUUGGCAUGGUUUACAUCGUUGUCAUUCUUGGGCCAACAGGCUUCCUAGGUUCAGCUGUUUUCAUCCUCUUCUAUCCUGCAAUGGGGAAACUUGUUGGGAUAUGUGGCAGCGUGGGGAGUGGGAAAACCUCCCUCAUUUCAGCCAUUUUGGGACAGAUGACGUUAUUGGAAGGCAGCAUUGCUGUGGAUGGAAACUUUGCUUACGUGGCCCAGCAGGCCUGGAUUCUCAAUGCCACGCUUAGAGACAACAUCCUUUUUGGGAAGGAGUUUGAAGAAGAAAGGUACAAUAUGGUGUUGAAUGAUUGCUGUCUCCGACCUGAUCUGGCUAUCCUGCCAAACGGGGAUCUGACCGAGAUUGGUGACCGGGGCGCAAACUUGAGUGGGGGGCAGCGCCAACGGAUCAGCAUUGCCCGCGCGCUGUACAGCGACAAGAGCAUCUUCAUCCUCGAUGACCCUUUGAGUGCCUUAGAUGCCCAUGUUGGAAACCACAUCUUCAACAGUGCCAUCCGAAAGCACCUGAAGUCCAAAACGGUUCUUUUCAUCACACAUCAGCUCCAGGUUAAUUUAAAGAAGACUGCAAACAGUUCAUUGAAAAGACUCCCAGAGAAAGGCACCAAAACGGGAUCUGUGAAGAAAGAGAAAGUGGUUAAGAAGGAAGAAGUUCAGCUGAUGCAAGUGGAAGAGAAAGGCAAAGGUUCUGUUCCCUGGUCGGUUUAUUGGGUCUACAUCCAAGCAGCUGGAGGCCCAGUCGCUUUCCUGACCAUUAUGACCCUCUUCAUAUUGAAUGUGGGCAGUAUGGCCUUCAGCAACUGGUGGCUGAGCUACUGGAUCAAAGAAGGCAGUGGGAACACUACUUUGACGCUGGGGAAUGAAACCGUGGUGAGCGACAGUAUGAAGGAUAACCCUCACAUGCGUUACUAUGCUGGCAUUUAUGCACUCUCCAUGGGAGUCAUGCUGAUUCUGAAGGCUGUCCGGGGCGUUGCCUUUGUCAAGGGGACAUUGCGGGCCUCAUCCAGGCUGCAUGAUGAACUCUUCCGACGGAUUCUUCGUAGUCCAAUGAAGUUUUUUGACACCACACCUACGGGGCGGAUUCUCAACAGGUUCUCCAAAGAUAUGGAUGAAGUGGAUGUCCGCCUGCCUUUUCAAGCUGAAAUGUUCAUACAGAAUGUCAUCCUGGUGUUCUUCUGCGUGGGAGUGAUCUCUGGUGUCUUCCCAUGGUUCCUAAUGGCAGUGGGGCCCCUGGUGGUUCUUUUCACCAUUCUGCAUGUUGUGUCCAGAGUCUUCAUUCGGGAAUUGAAACGACUGGACAACAUAACUCAGUCUCCAUUUCUUUCUCACAUCACUUCGAGCAUUCAAGGUCUCUCUACCAUCCAUGCCUACAAUAAAGGAGAGGAAUUCCUAUACAAAUACCAACAACUGCUGGAUGAUAACCAGGCUCCCAUCUACUUGUUCAGCUGUGCGAUGCGCUGGCUGGCUGUCAGGCUGGAUAUUGUCAGCACUGCCCUCAUUACAAUCACUGGCUUAAUGAUCGUCUUAAUGCACGGCCAGAUCCCGCCCGCCUACGCUGGGCUCGCCAUCUCGUAUGCCGUUCAGUUAACGGGACUGUUCCAGUUUACCGUCAGGUUGGCUUCAGAGACGGAGGCCCGCUUUACAUCUGUGGAAAGAAUUGACCACUACAUCAAGGUAUUUAAACAUUCUGUCCGUUGCCCAAUAUUUUCUCCAAACCACGCAUUUGACCUUGUUCUGUUUGCUUCGUUCUCACUUAAGAUUUCUCAGCUGCCCAUGAAACUUGAAUCCGAAGUGAUGGAAAAUGGGGAAAAUUUCUCCGUCGGGGAGAGGCAGUUGCUUUGCAUCGCCAGAGCCUUGUUGCGUCGUUGUAAGAUCUUAAUCCUGGAUGAAGCGACGGCUGCCAUGGACAACGAGACCGAUACACUAAUCCAAGAGACGAUCAGAGAAGCCUUUGCGGACUGCACCAGGCUGACAAUCGCUCAUCGUCUGCAUACGGUUCUGGCCUCUGACCGGAUCAUGGUACUGAUGCAAGGACAGGUGGUGGAAUUCGACACUCCGGCUGCUCUUCUGUCCAAUGACAAUUCCCGCUUCUACGCCAUGUUUGCGGCUGUAGAAAACAAGGUUGCUGUAAAGGGCUAAAAUUCAGGGCAAAGUCACUUUAUUAUGGAGUGUAAUCCUCCUCUGCCUGUGGCAGGGACGUUCCUCCCUCCAUUUUCAUGUCUUUCAAGCAGGUUGUCUUUUCAACUUUUAAUAUAUAUUUUUUUUAGGAUCGUGGGUCAGGAUUGAGUUCUUCUUUUUGUCGGGGGGUGGGGGGGAAGCACUACAAGGAAGAUUCUUCAUAGUUUUUAUUAUGGUAUUUAUUUCGUAUUCUUCUUACUAAUUUUUUUGCUAUUAAAUGCACUCUACGAAGUGGCUCAGGGAGCCAUGUUAUAAAUGUAUCCAGAGGCCUAUAUUGAAGCUUUAUACAUGUAGCUAUAUCUAUACAGAAUUCUGUACAUAGCCUAUAUUUACAGUGGAAAUGUAAGCUGUUUAUUUUAUAUUAAAAUGAGCGCUGUGGUUAAUACCAGUGCAUAUUCUUUUCUAUCCUAUUUUUUCCCCCUCUGUACCGUUUUAGUGGGGUUGGGAGCCUGGCUUGGGGCUCUUUCCACUCACCCCUAAGUUCCGGGUGGAAAUGAAAGUUUCGUGUAACUCCCCCUCCCUCUCCUAUUGUCAUCAUUCCCAUGUAAGGCAUGUGGGACAAGACAGCAGUCAAAGAAGACCCUUGACAAUUGUUAAGACAGGAGCCACAGUUUCUCAUGGUACUGUGCCCUGGAGGGCUUUAACAUUCCCCUCCCUUGGGGUGGUUUCGUUAGCAAAUACUUAACUAUAGCAGGAAGUGAAGGGCCCAUCACAAAACUCAGGUAGCUUUGAACCCAGUGCAUUCACCUGGGUGCACACAAUGACACCGUCAGUCGGCUGGCUGUUAUUUCAUCCAACACGGUCAAGCCACUCCCAUUUUGCUAAGCAAAAGAACCUCUCCAAAGCAUAUGCAGCAGGGAUCUCCAAAGCGGGCAACUUUUCAGACUUGUGGACUUCGACUCCCAGAAUUCCUCCGCCGGCCAUAUUGUCUGGGGAAUUCUGGGAGUUAAAAGUCCGCAGAUCUUUUCCCAUGACGUACAGCGUUAUUCCCAAGCUGUCACAGCUAAAUCUUUUUUUUAGACUGGACCCUGCUACUUCCUACGGCGUUUCUCUGCCGAGAUGCAGACUUUUGAGAUAUUCACGUUUAUUUCGGAAAAGUUCUCCAGACACUUUGGUACUUUUUAAAAUCGUUAUUCAUUCACCCGACUGUAUGUGCACAAAAUUUUGCUCUUGCAUACUCAUUAAUGGAACUAUUACAUCCUCAGCAUCUUGCAGCUUUUAGCAGGCACCUGAUCAGGUUCUGACACUGGUGUAGGGAAUUUCGUUUUCUAAUUGUAAAGAGGCCUACCUCAGGUUGCUGGUCCUGUGUCGUACGUUACCAUGGUUACUGUACACCAUCUGUGUUGUAUGGGACCGGUAGCCCAGACGGGCGUGGUCAGUCUCGUAAUAGCUGUUUCGAUCGGUCAGCACUGCAUGUUUGUUGGUCUGUUUUUGUCCAGCUGGACAUUUUAUAGCCUUAGCAUGUUUGCAAAUUGUCUUGUCGAGACGGACAUCUGCAAAACUGAAUAAAAAUUAUUUUGGUUUUUGUAAA